CAGGUCAACACUCAACACGCAUCAAAUUGAAUUUUCUCCCUCAUCCCGAGGCAGAAUUUCCUCCCGUCAAGCGUGGCUAAUCAAGGUACCAAAAGGUAAAGUUUCUUGUGAAUUUAGUACGAUAUAUCUCGAAAUUUUGGCGAAAUAUUAUGUUUGAAUAUCGUAAAUGAUAUUUGUAGCGUCAAAAAAAUCGAAUCUUAGAAAAAUGAGCAGUUCAGAGGAGGUAUCAUGGAUAAGUUGGUUCUGCGGCCUCAGAGGAAACGAAUAUUACUGCGAGGUGGACGAAGACUACAUAAGUGAUAAGUUCAAUUUAACAGGACUUAAUGAACAAGUUCCACAUUACAGGCAGGCUUUAGAUAUGAUAUUGGACCUAGAACCAGAUGAUGACUUGGAAGAAAAUCCAAAUCAAUCAGAUUUGGUGGAACAGGCUGCAGAAAUGCUAUAUGGCUUGAUUCAUGCACGUUAUCUUUUAACUAAUAGAGGUAUCGGCCAAAUGUUGGAAAAAUUUCAAACUGGUGACUUUGGAAACUGCCCACGUGUUUAUUGUGAAUGCCAACCCAUGUUGCCUAUUGGACUCUCAGAUGUCCCUGGUGAAGCAAUGGUUAAGCUUUACUGCCCCCGUUGUAUGGAUGUAUACACUCCAAAAUCUUCCCGUCACCACCAUACGGACGGUGCUUAUUUUGGAACUGGUUUUCCACACAUGGUGUUCAUGGUACACCCUGAAUACCGCCCACGAUGUCCCACGUCGGAGUUUGUACCCAGACUAUAUGGGUUCAAGAUCCACCCGGGUGCCUAUGAGAUUCAGACUCAAGCAGCUGCGGGACACAAAUCACUUCGAGCUAUGGCAUACAACAAUGAGACGAAGACGGCGACAAACCUUCCAAAAUAAAAUUAAUUUUAUUUGAAGAGAUUUUUUUUAUUUCCGGCAGAAAAAAACGGAAGUUAUUUAUUUAUUUAUUAUGUAAGAAUUACUAAUGUUUUCAGUAUAAUAAAAUGUUUAAU